CGUUGAUUUUUUCACAACCGCACACCUUCUGUUCACCUUGGGAAGAAUUUCCUCGAAAACGAUGACGUCAUUAUUAGAUGAUGUAAAUUUUUCAAAAAUGUCACCGGAAUGCUAAUAAAAGAAGUCAAAACCGCUCGAGCUGCAUAAACUUUUCAGUCACCCUCAGAAGAAGAGCUUCGAAUAAUUUCAUAAUGGCCUCACGCGCAGUUGCCCGAUUAACCAAGUCUGUACUUUCGGAAAGUGUUAUACCCCGUGUUCUUAUCGCAAAGGCGCUCUCAGCGAAUGCUGGACCCAAAGAACGAAUUUGGUCCUGUAGCAAAGAAGCUGAUCAAAGCCAGAUCGGCCUCGAAUGUCUGAAAGAUAUGGUUAUAGAUGGUGAUAUACAACUUUUUGAUGUCAGGGAGCCCCACGAACUUGCCUCACUGGGAAAAAUACCAAAGUCUGUGAACAUACCCUUGUCACAAGUCGUUGAGGCAUUUAGCUUGAGCCCGGCAGAGUUCGAACAAAAAUAUGGAGUCCAAAAACCAGAUGUAAAAGAUGAUAAUCUCAUCUUCCACUGUCAAUCGGGAAGGAGAGCAAAGAAAGCCAUGGAAAGCGUGAAAGAACUCGGCUUUGAUAAGGCCACUCAUUUCAGUAGAGUCUGGUCUGAAUGGGAGUUUUAUAUCAAACGCAGACCACAAGCUGUCCAACCCAAAAGGCCGCCAAUACGCCGAGAAAGAUGAUGCUGACUUCAAUGUUUGCAGGAUCAAAUUAAGUUACUGUGCAAUAACUAGUUAUGAACAAUUGUUUUUUUUUUUCUCUGAGAACAACGAUGACUUUUUUUCUUACAUAUUUAGUAAAAUUUGGGGUUCUUAAGUUUUGGAAAAGUUUUGUACUGUGUGUUUUUUAUAAAACUGUAAAAAGUAAUGUACCUUUUUACUGAUGUCACGCAAUAUCAAUAAUUUUUUUUGUAAUUUUCAAAUAGACAGAAAUCACCUCCAUAGUUCAAUUUAUUAUUCCGAAUUUAGUAAAUCCUCAAAGUUUCAUAAGAAUCUGUUACAAACUCAUAAAAAUAUAGGACCCCAAAUUUACCAAGAAAUGUAUGCCAGGGGCAAGUGUUGUUGUUCAUUCAACUAGGUGUCACAUAAGAUCUCAGAUGUACAUAACUGGUUAUUAAGAGAAUGUUUUUUAAUUUAUUUACUUGGAAAUUUAGUUUCAACAGUUGAAACUACUUUGGUAUUCUCUUAAUAAGCUCACUGAUGCUAAUAACAGGUUGUUGUAGAUCUAUAUUUGUGAAUAUCAAUUUUAUAAUUUCAGCUAUUUAUUAUCAAUGACUUGUAUGAAAAUGUUUUGUUAGUGUUCAGCCUUUGCCUUGUGCAAGGUGUGCAAUUGAAAAGACAAAAAAUAAUAAAAUAUUAGAGUAAAAAUUUCUCGUAAUAGUUUCAAUGUGCUAAAUUAACCAGUCCUAGGUGAAGUUGCUUCAUUAAGCGAGUUACGUACAACUCUGGGCAACCCAGUUUAGCUUUCCAGGUUGACUUUCUCUUGGUCACAUCAUAACACUUACAACACUCUGGGGUUGAGAACGGGUCAGUUUGUGAGUCAAUGGGUUAAGGCCUUCUUUUCUCUCCCUUCAAAAGAACUUGAAGGAUAUAAACCACUCCUAAGUUUGUAGAGAGUUUACAUUCAGCUUCAGGUUUACUUGUGCAAACAAAGACAAAUCAAUCAUACCUUCCUAGAAACCUUUGUAACAAUCUCAUUGUGAUGCAGGCAUAUUUCGUAACUUCAGCUGGUAUAUAUUUUCCCAUUGUGCAAGAGCCAUUAACCCAGAGUCAGCUUCACGCAAAUUAUAAAAAUAUUGAAAUGAACCAAUAUUAAAAUUUUCUCGAUGUUUUGAAGGUAAAGCUUUCAAUACAUAUUUGUUCACAUUUACAUAGAAUACCCUUAGCUUGUUAGCCAUUAGAUAGAGUAAUACCACAUUAAAAGGCCUCUGAAGACAAGAA